CUCUGGGUUUUGGUGUUCUGUCCUGUUGUUUCGUGCUUAUUUUCUCCGUGAAAAAGCGCCGAUGUUUCCUUCCGCCGGACUCUUUUCUAAAACUGAAUGUCCUUUUCUGCUUUGGGGUGGAUGUGAGCGACCUUACUGCCCUUACAAACACCAUGAAGAAGACAGCAUAGGUGCGUGCGCCAGAAGUGCACGCGCGACAGCUGAAAAAGGUCAUGGCAAUCCUAACGCUGCUAGUAGAACCUUCCACAACCAGGAACAGAGCCACACUUGUCUUUCAGAACUGGAAAGGAUCAACAAACAGAUUGAAGCGGUUAAAAAUGAAGUGGAGAAAGAACAAAAAAGACUGUCUCGCUACCAGUCUGAGCAGGCUGAGAUUGCUGGUGCUAGCUCGGAAGAAUAUCUGGUGACCAGAAAAACUCAGCCUAAAGACCAGAAUGGAAACCAGCUGAAAUGUAAAAAGGACUCAGCUGCUGCCCGCAAGUAUGUUGUUGAUCGCACCAAACCAAAAACUGAUCUGGAAUAUGACCCUUGUUCAAAUUUUUCUGCCGAUAUGCGGUUCAGCAGCUCCACAGAUAAAAUAAAAUCAACCAGUAAAGCUGAUGUGGACCGUGAUCAACAAGACAAAGGAAAGGGUAAGAGUGUGUCCACAGAUCCAGUUCCCAUUCCUUCUUGCAAUUUGGAGGAUUCUGAUGAAGAGGGGGAACUGGUCAUUGACAUUCCACCUUUUGAAAAUGAUGGGGGUAAGGGAUCUCGGAUAGAAAGCUCAUCAGCCAGUGAAAAUGCAAAUUUUAUGAAGACACCCAGAGAAUCUUCAGAAAUGGCUCAUCUUGACACCGACAUGCCACUGCUAGAAAAGAUUAAGCCAGCAAAUAAGGGCAGGGCUAGCAUCAAUGAACAAGAAGAGUCGCACAAGUCCUUGUACAAGGAGACCGAUUCGGUAAAACGAAGACAUUCCAUGCUGAAAAGGGAAAACAUUUCUUCUGAAAGAGUACUCACUGUCAGAAGUAUGCCUACUGAAGGUGAACAAAAACCCUCAGUUCAUCCCAGGAUAGCCAAGGAAGAACCUGAAUCGUCCAAGAUGAUGAUGGAGAUUGAUGCCUCACUUGCAGAAAAUAAUCAAGUGCUUCAUAAGAGCUUGAAACCAAACUUGGCUGCUUCCAAGAAUGACAAAUGCAAGGAGGAGAUCUUGAAUUAUGCAACAGGAAAUUCUACAGAAUUGCAUGAAAAUGCAAGGUUAACUUCAGUAGCAGGUUUUUCACAGGUUUGCCAAUUGGAAAAACCUCCACCUUCAAACAGUAUGAAUACUGGUGUUUAUGAAGAGAAAGCACAAAAUAUCGAAACUCUUUUAGAUGAUAUUUCCAUCUGCCUGGACCACCUGAGGCGUGAAAGUGAGAGCAUUGCUUGCCUUCAAGAUGUGGACACACUCCUCUCUGACAAUAUUCAAUCUGCUCCCAGUUGCUCAAAAAUACAGGGAGAUCAUCUUUUACAUGCUGGAACACAAAGGCUGCAAAGUCAAACAGAACCUGUGGUACAGGCAAAUAACUGGCUCUCCGGUCACGUCAGAAAAAUGGACACCUUGCCUGUUAGAUACACAUCAGAGAUCCCACAAAAAACUGUAUUUCAGGAUUACCUUCUCACCACUUCCUCAUACCCGGACAUAACCAAGGAUCCUGGAUCUUGUCCGAGCCCUUCAACCUCUGUUGAAACAAAUUGGCCAUUUGCACAUAAAGUUGCAACAGAACCUGUUCAGAAUGUACCUCUGUACAUUUCUGGAACAAAUACCACAAUGGUACCUUCUCCACAUGUGGAGCUAAACCCAGCCGCUGCACCUAUGGAAUUAAUGGGGGAUCAGAACCUGCAGAAACCAGCUGCUUUGCUUGGUACAACAGAUGAGAAUAUGCCAGCUGACUCUAGUUCUUCAGAAGAGCUUAAUUAUUCAGACCUAGACCUUUCAGAAAGUGAUCCAAUGGAAGAAUGCUACAGAAUCUUUAUGGAAGCCAACAAGGCUGAAGAUCCCACCGUUCAAGGUGACAUGCCAGAAGAGGUUUCAAAGGUCUCGGAGGCUGAGAAGGUCAAGCCCGGUCUUGCUCAGAAAAAGAGAGUAGCCCAUAUAGCAAAGUUUGAGGUCAGUAAGAGCAAAGCACAGGUCAUGGUGCCCCUUAGAGAUGGCGGUUCCCAGCUGACUGUCCCAACCCGGAGUCAGCAGUGCCAGAAGAGAGCAAUAUCUCUUACAGCAGCAGUGAAAGGGUGCCAAUCUUUUAUAGCAGCCAAUGCACCAAAGCGAGCCCUCGCACCUACUGUCAUUCAUUCACCUGCCAUGCCAAACAACUAUGUGAACAUCCUCCCAGCUGGAGCAACCAUGCGAAUCGGCCCAAACCUUCACCUGAUUGUUCCCGAAGGGACCUGUGCUUUACCGGUCGCGAUAAUUCCUACGGCUGCACCUGUAAUACGUCCAGUCCUUCAGCCAGCUCAAAUCUCUCAGCCUAUGCAGUCUACACAACUGGUCAACUACACACCUGCCAAGUCAAUUCCCACCAAGCGCAAAGCGAAAGGACGUGCAGAGGUUGGCCUAAAGGUUCCACAUGACGUACGGCAGCGGUAUGUAAAUCUGUUUGUGGAGGAGUUCCUGAAAACAUCGGCCACUGUGCAAGAUGCCUUUGAAAAGGCGCUAGCAGAAGAGAAGACCGUGUUUGAUCGCAGUGUCAAUAAACUGAAGUAUCUAAGCAUAGCAGUAAAUGCACUCAAGAGGCUUAAAAAUCAAAAUGCAGCUCCUGCCAAAUUUUCCACUGAAAGAGAUGCACAAGCGUCUAGAGGAAAUGUGCCACUCAAUACUCAAGCACUCCUGCAAAAUGGUGACACCACACUCUACGAUCAGUUGAAGGAGCACAUUCUAACCAAGGCCCUGUUGAGGGAGAAUAACUAUCCUCACAAACUCCCCGAUAAACCUGGCUUCGCCAUUCAGUAUGGUGACACCAAAAAGGGCAGCACUGAUGUUUCCAGGAGGCUCUGCUGUCGCUGUGGUACUUCUUUCUCUGUUAGCCAGACGGGAAAGCACACUCGCAAAGAAGAGUGCAACUAUCAUUACGGGAAAGUCCUGGAAAACAGAGUGCCAGGGGGAGUUGAGACACGCUAUAGCUGCUGUGAGAACGCCAUCGGGUCACCUGGGUGCCAAGUGUUCAAGCUCCAUGUCCAUGAUGCAGUGAGUCUCCAAGGCUUCAUUAGUAGCCUCCCUCAGACCCAUCAAGACUGCCCAGGGAUUUAUGCUAUUGAUACUGAUGUGUGUUAUACCACUCAGGGUCUGGAACUGGCAAGAGUCACGGUAGUGAACAGCAAUCUCCAGGUUGUCUAUGACACCUUUGUGAAGCCUACCAAUGAGGUCAUUGACUACAACACCAGGUUCUCAGGAGUUAGUGAGGAUGAUGUGAAGAACAGCAGUUUAUCUUUGCAAGAUGUGCAAACUAUGCUUUUGAGCUUCAUCAGCGAGAGAACCAUUCUGGUUGGGCAUAGUUUGGAAAAUGAUCUCUGUGCUCUGAAACUUAUCCACAACAAGGUGGUUGACACGUCUGUAGUGUUUCCCCAUCGUCUGGGUCCACCGCACAAGAGAGAUCUCAGAAGCUUGACCGCAGAGUAUCUGAGGAAGAUAAUCCAAGAGAGCGUGGACGGACAUGACACCCAAGAGGACGCGACAGCGUGCAUGGAGCUCGUGCUGUGGAAGGUGAAAGAGGAUGCUAAAGGGAAGAAAUGGUGACCUGCUCAAGAAGAAACCUCAUUACUGCCCUAAUGUACACUGCUGUAGAAUUGUAAUAUUGCACUUGAAACUUUUGCUUUAUAAUAACAAUCCUGACCUGCUGUCUGUAUUAGGAUUGCUGGGACUGUAAGCAUAGAAAUGAUGAAUUGCUUACUCAUACGUCUGAUAGUUUUUACACCUUUCAUUUUGUUGAUCAUUCGCUUUCAGAAAAUGGAGUACUUGUAUUUGUUGCUGGUGUGGUUCUUAUUUGUACCAUAUCAUAUAUUAAUGUGGAAAUGGUGUACCUUUUUAUAAAGUGACAUAAAAAAAACUUAAGGUACACAAUUUGAUGGUGAUUAACCUCAAAAUCAAUCUUUCUAUGUAAAGGCUAAAUAAAGAUACAAAAGUUGUCAUAAGGUAGGCAUAAGGGGACCAUUUCAGCGACAAAUCAAGGUUCAGCUUUGUUUCUUUACAUUCUGAGAGCAUCACCAUAUAUUUUUUUUUGCCACUUGUUUGAAAUAAACUGAUUCAUAAUUGCACUAUGGGAGAAAAUGUGCACUCUG